AUGCGAGGAGGAACGUCCAAGGGGCUGUUUUUCAACAAACAGGACGUUCCGGCGGACUUUUCCGAGCUCGAAAAGACGCUGUUGAAGGCGAUUGGCUCGCCAGACCCGUACAAACGGCAGCUCAACGGUAUGGGCGGGGCAACAUCCAGCACGUCGAAAAUCGUCAUCAUCAACCAAAGCAAAGAUGCAGCCUACGACGUGGACUACAACUUUGGUCAUGUGAGUCUCGACAAGCCGAUCAUCGACUGGACCGGCAAUUGUGGUAAUCUGACGGCGGCAGUGGCCCAUUACGCCAUUGAGGAGCGGCUGGUGAAGGAGAAGCCACAGGAAGAGGGUGACAGCCUGGUCCAAAAGGUGCGAAUUUGGCAGACAAACGUGGAUCAGCGAAUCAUUGCCCAUGUCCCGGUUUCCAAGGAGGACGGCCUGCCCAUCUAUGAAGGAGAGGAUACACUGGAUGGAGUCUCCGGUACAGCCAGGGCGUUCCGAAUCGACUUUCUGAAGCCCUCGUCGGGAAAAACACUUCCUACAGACAACGCUAUCGACACACUGACUCUCAAAGACGGAUCUACAAUCGAGGCUUCUCUGGUCAAUGCAGGUAACCCCACGGUGUUUGUGAGAGCAGCUGAUCUCGGUCUGAAAGGAACGGAGCUGCCUCCUCAGCUGUCGGAUCCCAAGUUUCUCGCAAAAAUUGAAGACAUUCGACAACAGGGCGCUUACACUAUGGGUCUUGUUGACACUCCAGAAGAUGCUGCGAAACGACCAGCUACUCCAAAGGUUUCGUUUGUAUCCAAACCCCAAACGUACAGGCGACUGGAUGGAGAAACCAUGGAAGCAACAGAUAUUGACGUGACUGCCCGUAUUUUCUCAAUGGGAAUUCCGCACGGAGCAUACACUGGUACUGGAGCUGUGGCCAUUGGUAUUGCUGCGCUGUUGGAGGGGUCGGUGGUGAACGAGAUGGCCACAAAGACCCCAGAUGGUAUGCUCAGGGUCGGCCAUACUUCGGGGCUGCUUGUGACGGGUGGUGUGUUGGAGGACGAUGGAAAACAGGCGGCUGCAGCGAGUUUGAUCAGAACUGCGAGACGGUUGAUGGAUGGGCAUGUUUACGUUUAA